AUGGCUGCCUGCAGCCUGGCACGAGGACUGUGGCUUCUGCUGCUUCUGCAGGAUAUCCAGACAGCCUCGCAGAAAUCAUUAACCUCAUUCCAUUCCUGUGAUACAUUUGAGAAUUGGUUCUAUGAUGAAACUUCACGAAGCUGCUGUUACCAGUGUCCCUCAGGCUAUGUUAAAAAGAAAGCAUGUCCUAGGGACCCAGAUGAAGACUGCAUGAGGUGUGGACCUGAACAAUAUGUGAAUGAAGUAUUCAGAAAGCCACAAUGUUUCGCAUGUGUAUCAUGCGCAAAAGAAUUUGACCUUGUGGAGACAAAGCCCUGCUCCUUCAAUUCUAGCCGUGUGUGUGAGUGCCGCCCAGGCCUGUUCUGUCAAACCCCUGUUGAUAACUCCUGCAGUCGAUGCCAGCGGCACACUGUUUGCAAGCCUGGUUUUGGAGUCAAAGUCAGAGGCACGUCAACAACUGAUGUCACUUGUGAAAAGUGCCCUGCUGGGACCUUCUCUGAUCAAAACUCCAGUACGGACAUCUGCAAGCCUCACACGAACUGUUCUGAGUUAAACAAAGUAGCACUAAGCAAAGGAAAUGCCACACACGAUCAGGUUUGCCUGGACCAAUUGCCCACCCACCUUACCCCACACACUUCGUCCGGGAGAUUCAGUGAUGAAACAAGUAACUCUGACCUUCUUCUUGAGAAGAACCUGGCCACCAUGGCUAGUAUCAUUUUAAGUGUCGCAACAACUGAAAGCCCCAGUCUGACCGACGCUUCUCCUACCUCAGCCAAGGAGGAGACAGCAACAGAAGGUCUAGUUCUCUGGGGAGUGCUUCUCUCUGUGAUGGUGCUACUCAUGGGAGUGCUGUUAUUUUGGAAAUGGAAGAUUUGCAAGAAGCAGAUCCUUAUCCUCAAAAGAAAGCGUGAGUUGGUUGUAGACCUGUGGCAGAAGAUCAUACUGACUACUGACAGUGGGCCAGAAGAGGAGUUAAUUGACAGAACCCUCCCUUUGGAAACCAACAAUAACUUAGCAUCUAGCAAUGAAAAAGCGUAUAGUCCUGAUCUGAGUCUGGCUGACGUGUCACAGAGCAAUGGAAAUGGCCCAGAUGGCCCUAUUGACUCUCGAGUGAGAGACCACAUAAAUAAUCGAAUUGAAACAAUAUACAUCAUGAACGCUGACACUGUUAUUGUGGGAAACGUUUCAGAAGUGUCUAGUGGCAAGAACUGUGCUGCUAGAGGUUGUGAAAGUAAUGUUGAUGCCCAGGAGAACAUGGAAGAGGAACUGCCAAUGCACUAUCCAGAGCAGGAAACAGAGUCUUUUCCAGGGAAUGAUAUAAUGGUCCCUGUGGAAGAGGAGGGAAAGGAAUUUCAUCAUCCCACCACUGCCACUGAAAAGUGA